UCCAACAAGCCUCAAGCAUCAUGGCUAGGAGCUUUAAAAUUAUUAUAAUUUAGGAUUUAAAUACAAUACUCGCGAAAUAUAUUAUAAGUUAUAUAAAAUGAAAACUCGGACUGGAAUAUCUAGUAUUUACAACACAGAAGAAAGUCUUUGACUUGAGAAUGACGGCGGAGGGCAGGGUGAUGGGACGCCGCUUUGUGUUAACCCUGGUGAUCGGAAUAUCCGCCGGUUUUAGUUUUGCGUACAUACUAUUAACUUCGGCCGGAUUCGCUCGCGAAGUAGCCUGGCCAGCCGACAGAGAAUCUGCAAGGGAUCUCGAAAGGCAUCCGAUAAUAAGCGUUCAAGAUCAUGGUAGCGAAGAACCAGCGCAUAAAGAUGAGGACAGAUCGGUCGCGGACGAGCUUGCCAAAAGAGUUAGAGUGCUGUGCUGGGUUAUGACGCAGCCCAAUAACCACAGGAAGAAAGCACAGCACGUCAAAGCCACGUGGGGGAAGCGCUGUAACAAACUGCUGUUCAUGAGCACGGUCGAGGAUAGUUCGUUGCCAGCUGUCAAACUGCCGGUGUCGGAGGGCAGGGAUUACCUGUGGGCGAAGACGAAGGCGGCGUUCCGAUACGUGUACGAGCAUCACCGGAGAGACGCCGAUUGGUUCUUGAAGGCCGACGACGACACGUACGUGGUCGUUGAGAAUCUCAGGUACAUGCUGUCGGAGCAUGACAGCAAAGAGCCGAUAUAUUUCGGGUGUCGGUUCAAGCCGUUCACUUCGCAGGGUUACAUGAGCGGCGGAGCGGGCUACGUGCUGAGUCGCGAGGCCCUAGACAGGUUCGUCAAUAAGGGACUGCCCUCGCCGCAUCUGUGCAAGGCGAGCGACCACGGUGCCGAGGACGCUGAAAUGGGUAUAUGCCUGCAGCACAUUGGUGUGAAAGCUAUGGACUCCCGGGACUCGCUGCAUCGCGGUCGGUUCUUCCCCUUCGUGCCAAAGGACCACUUGUUCCCCAACAAAGAUGGCGGCUUCUGGUACUGGAAGUACAUUUACUAUCCCACUGACGAGGGUCUCGAUUGCUGCUCAGACCACGCGGUGUCGUUCCACUACGUUGAGCCAGAACAGAUGUACGUGCUGGACUACCUCAUCUACCACCUGCGGCCCUACGGCGUGCGCUACGGCGUAGACCGCCUGCCCGCCGCCAACGCCACCGCCGGCUGACUCGCACCCGCAAACACGACCUAGUCAUUCACCAAAUAGCGUGCACUUCAUACGUGCACAAAAGCACUACCUACCCAUAGUUUUUUUUUUUUUGUCGUAGUGGAAAUGCUUUAUAGCUACCUCUGUCCUUUAGGGCAGGACAGACCUACCUUAAAUAUUGUUUACGAUUCUAUAUUUUGGAGUGCCAUGUGUGAGAUUUUCCCACCUACGUUUACUUAUUCGGUCGCGUGAAAUUGUAGUGUCAUUUGUAUCGAAAGAGCGACAGCUAGAUCGAUAAUACCUUACCUAUAAAACGACAAUAAAAUAAGUAUAUAUUGACAUAGUAGGAACGAUGA